AUGUUUCAGUCACCCGACGUUCGAGCUCGAUUUGCGCAUGCGCCGGACAACACUCACUCCACACCUUGGGGUAUAACCCAGCAAAAUGUACGCCGUAUGAAGGAGGCCGAGGAGCAAUGGCAAGGGUUUGCGGAAGAAAUUAGGGCGGGAAAACGGAAGGCUUUCCUCGACCAUCUCGAAGAGCGCGGACUUGUGAAUCAGGUUGUUGGUGAACGAGAAGUCCUCGAUAAAGUCUUUACGAAUAAAAGAACAGGCCUAUACACCGGUGUCGACCCGACAGCACCCUCUCUACAUGUUGGUCAUAUGCUUCCGAUUAUGGUUCUGGCGUGGGCCUUCAAUUGGGGUUACCCCGUUCACUUUAUAUUAGGAGGCGCAACAGCAAAAUUCGGUGAUCCUACAGGCAGACUCGGGCCCCGAGCUACUGAACAUCGAAGUGUCCGAGUGGCGAACAUGGCCGCCAUGCACAUGCAACUGAAAAGAAUCAGCGCCAGUAUUGAGGACUACGGUCGACGUUAUGGCUACACAAAAGAAUGGGUGUGGAGACGAGCUCUCACGAACAAUAAUACCUGGUGGAACAAGACGCCAUUCGUCGAAGUGUUGCGAGAUUUGGGUAUGUACAUGAGACUAGGUCCGAUGUUGGGACGAGACACGGUCAAAACUCGCUUGGAGGGCAGCGGCAUGUCAUAUGCCGAGUUCUCCUACCCUCUUAUGCAGGCAUGGGAUUGGUGGGUGUUGUUCAAAAAAGGCGUCCAGGUUCAGGUUGGAGGUGCCGAUCAAUUCGGCAAUAUCCUUUUUGGCAUGGACGCUGUGAAACACGUAGCCAAGAAUACGGCUAUAGACAUUGACCGAAGGUCAGUCGAAGAGGAUGUGGACAAGCCAGUUGGCCUUACCACUCCCCUCUUGACUACUGCCGCGGGCGAGAAGCUCGGAAAAUCGGCCGGAAAUGCAGUGUGGCUGGACAAGGAUAUGACUUCAACUUUCGAGCUUUACCAGUACUUCGUACGGACGCCUGAUGAACAAGUGGAAAAAUACUUGAAAAUGUUUACUUUCUUGCCUCUCGACAAAAUUGCCGAGAUCAUGGCAGAGUCGGCGCAAGAUCCUUCGAAGAGAAUCGCACAGCAUGCGCUCGCCAAAGAGUUUGUUGACCUCGUCCACGGCCCGACAGAGGCGGAGGCCGCAGCAACGCAGCACCGACAGCUCUUUAGACCUCGUUCAUCCACCUCGGAGCCAACCCCGCCGCCAACACAGCCCCCCAACAUACCUACAAACCUGGCUAGUAACCCUCAAUACAGCUUCAUGAACAGAGCUUCAGGAAACCCAUAUGCCAAGCCAUUGAACUACAAGAACAUGGAAAGCAACCGUGUUCUACUUCCUCGAUCCCUUGUGCUCGAACAGCCUCUUGCCAAAGUUCUUUAUAAUGCUGGCUUGGUCUCGUCUAAUAGUGAGGGCCACCGUCUUAUCGUUGGUAGGGGAGUGUCCAUUGGUAGCCGACCCGGAGACUCGGGUCAGAUGUCCGACGCGUUGGAGUUCACUCCUAUCAAGACCUGGGUUCCAGGAAAGACCCCCGAUUUUCUAAUUGAUGGCAGCCUUUUGAUCGUCAAGAUUGGCAAGUGGAAGCUUAAGCUGAUCGAGCUUAUCGAUGACGAGGAGUUUGAGAAACAGGGCUUGGACGUUCCCGGAUGGGCAGAGUUCAAGGAGAAAAAGGCUGCAGGCGAAAUCAACACUAUCAACAAGGUGGAGGAAAUGCCAGAGGCCCCUUUCAAACUCAGGAAGUAUCAUAAUAAUAACCCGGACAGGAAUUCGAAAUGA